AAUCGAUGUAUCGUAACUCUUUCGCAAUGCUCAUGUGAUUCCGAAAUAAAUCAUUCCUGAUUGUUUAUGUUAAAUGGAAAUCCCAAUCUGGUGAGGUCGUCCGAACCUUAAGUGUGUAAUCGACCGUUACACCUGGCGUAGUCGGCAGGAUGGCUUCGCUGGACGAGUGAUUUCGGCGGAUUUAGAUUUGGCCUAUCGACGGUCUUCGAAGGUCGAACGGCGUGUUCACGGUGCACGUGGCGUUCCUGUUUGCUACCUUUGAGGCAGGAAGGCCCAUGAGGACCUAACUUGACCAAGUUCCAUUGGGCAGUUGAUGACAACCUCCUGUUUUUCAUCACAAGAUGGAAGGAGCUUCCUAUGUCAACAUCGAUCGAAAAGACAUUUCAGUUGGUCCUGUAAUUAGUUCAGGGGCAUGCAGAAAUAAAGUGUGCCAGGCAACAUGGAAAUCAGGUUUGUCAGAAAUAACAGUAGCCGCAAAAGUCUGCAAUAAAUUCCAUGAGGAUGAAGUUUUGAUAUUGGCCAAACUGAAGCAUGCCAACGUCAUUGAGUUCUUUGGAGUUGUGAAGCCUGCCUCAGCAAUUGACAGUUACAUCAUCAUAACUGAAUAUGCCGAGCAGGGUUCUUUGUUUGAUGUGAUUCGCCAACACCAUGAUAACUGGCCAGAGUAUAGGCAGAAUCGUUGGAUGAGAUGGGCCCAGGAUGGUGCUAAGGCUCUGGAGUACAUCCAUCAGAAGGGGUACCAACAUGGGGAUGUCAAAUCACCCAACUACCUUGUCGCUCAUGAUGACACACUGAAGAUAUGUGACUUUGGCAUAUCUAGGAAAUGGGACUUUACCAUAAGCACAGUCACCAAUAGGGGGUCCUACCCAUGGAUGGCACCAGAGGUCUUUGGUGAUAUUGCAUAUGAUCCCAACAGUAAAAGAAAACCAUGCAAGGUCACAACAAAAUCAGACGUCUUUUCUUAUGGUGUUGUCAUUUGGGAAAUGAUUUCUGGUAAGGCCCCCUAUCCUGAUAAAGUGGCAUUUCACAUUUACAAAGCUGUAGUUGAGAGAAACGAACGACUGCAGAUUCCAUGUGACUUCCCAGAACACCAACAAAUCAGUGAUCUACUAAGUAAAUGCUGGCGAGCCAACUACAAGGAAAGACCCAGCAUGCAAGAAGUCCUCAGAGACCUCAUUGGUAUUGAGAAUGGCCAAAGGAAAACAGUGGGAAAAAGACGUUUACAUCCUGGUGGCGAUGAUUUAGUGGAAUUGGCUCCAAAGAAGAAAUCUACUGGUAGAUGUAGUAGCAGUGAGGGCCACCAACCCUUGCCAGGUCUUCCAUCCCGUAGCAUCAUCAGCAUGCUUGGGUCUGGGAACAUGGCUGGAAACAUUCAGGUGCAGUCUGGCAGUCUUGGCAAGCAGCCCCCUUCCAUCGAGCAGACAGCCCAGCCAGCCUCCGAAACCACCACACCUGCAGCUACGCCCCAGCCCAAGCAGGAGCCUGCUCUGACACCCAAGGGUGGCAAGCAGACCCCUGCUCCGGCCAGUCUGGAGCCGGGGGUCAAGCAGGAGCCCGUGGACGGCAACCCCUACACCUGCGGGUUUGGCAACGCCUCCCAGCCGGAUGGCGUCGGCAGUGGCAAGGGGGGUGGAAAAGUUUUCAAGCCUGACGAACUUCGGCAAGCCUUGAUACCUACCUUGGAGAAACUGUAUCGUCAGAAUCCAGAGUCUCUACCCUUCCAGCAGGCAGUGGAUCCCAAGACCUUACAAAUACCGCCUAAGAAUUCCCCUGUGAACGGAACUCGAGCCAAGAAACCCAACCCCAAAUCCUAUGAGGACUAUUUUGACAUCGUGAGGCAACCCAUGGACCUGUCCACCAUCAAACACAAGCUGGACACCGGAGUUUACCAGAACCCCUGGCAGUACGUAGACGAUGUCUGGCUGAUGCUGGAGAAUGCCUGGCUGUACAAUCGAAAGACCUCCCGGGUCUACAAGUACUGCUCCAAGCUGGCCGAAGUCUUUGAAGCUGAGAUUGACCCUGUGAUGCAGAUGCUGGGCUACUGCUGUGGCCAUAAGUUUGUAUUCCACCCCCAAGUAUUGUGCUGCUAUGGCAAGCAGCUAUGUACCAUCCCUCGUGAUGCUGCAUAUUGGAGCUACCAGAACAGGUAUCACUUCUGUGAAAAGUGCUUCAACGAGAUUGAGGGAGACUCUGUGACCUUGGGAGAUGACCCCACACAGUCGCAGACGUUCUGGUGGACCGGAAAUGACACAAGGCUCAACAAUGCUAAGCAACUCGAAAGUACCAUCAAAAAGGAGAAUUUUGUAAAGUUGAAGAACGAUACCCUGGAUGUGGAGCCGUUUGUUGACUGCUUGGAAUGUGGAAGAAAACUGCAUGUGAUAUGUGUCCUACAUAACGAGGUGAUUUGGCCCGAAGGCUUCAUCUGUGACGGCUGCAGAAAGGCCAAAGGUAUCAAGAAGAAAGAGAACAAGUAUACCGCAAAGAAGCUGCCGACGUCCAAGCUUGGCACACACUUAGAAAAUCGAGUGAACAAGUACCUGAAGUGUCGCAAUACAGGAGCUGGGGAGGUGACCAUCCGGGUGUUGGCCAGCUCUGAGAAGACAGUGGAGGUCAAACCGGGGAUGAGAAGUCGUUUUGGAGACGACCUUCCGGAGACGUUUCCCUACCGGGCGAAGGCACUCUUUGCCUUUGAGGAGAUUGAUGGAGUGGACGUGUGCUUCUUUGGCAUGCAUGUCCAGGAGUACGGUUCAGAGUGUCUCAGGCCAAAUCAGAGGCGUGUGUAUAUAUCGUAUUUAGACAGUGUUCACUUCUUCCAGCCUCGUAAUUACCGAACAGCAGUAUACCAUGAAAUCCUCAUUGGCUACCUUGAUUAUUGCAAGCUCUUAGGGUACGAAUGGGCCCACAUUUGGGCAUGUCCCCCAAGCGAGGGGGACGACUACAUCUUUCACUGUCACCCUCCGGAGCAGAAGAUCCCCAAGCCAAAGAGACUGCAGGACUGGUACCGCAAGAUGUUGGACAAGUCUGUUACAGACAAGGUGGUAGUGGACUAUAAGGACAUUCUGAAGUCGGCCAUGGACGACGGGAUCACAUGUGCAACAGAGCUGCCGUACUUUGAAGGCGACUUCUGGCCUAACGUCCUGGAAGAGAGCAUCAAGGAGCUGGACCAGGAAGAGGAGGAGAGACAGAAGGCAGCUGAGAAGGCCGCUGCAGCCAGUGCCGGGGAAGAGUCGGGACCGAUUGGCAGCAAGAAGUCCCAGAAGAAGUGCAAGAAGAACAACAAGAGCAAAAGCAGCAGCAACCGCAAGAACAACAAGAAGACCAACUUCCCGCAGCAGGGCAGCGACUUGUCACAGAAGAUCUUCUCCACCAUGGAGAAGCACAGAGAAGUGUUCUUUGUCAUCCGUCUGGUGACCAACCCUGGUCAGAACCAGGAGCCCAUCCAGGACCCUGACCCCUUGGUGUCCUGUGACCUGAUGGACGGCCGGGAUGCCUUCCUAACCUUGGCCCGGGAGAAACACUAUGAGUUCUCCUCGCUGCGUCGGGCCAAGUACUCCACCAUGUGCAUGCUUUGUGAGCUACACAACCAGGGACAGGACCGUUUUGUCUACACCUGCAAUGAGUGCAAGCAUCAUGUGGAGACUAGAUACCAUUGCACUGUAUGCGAUGACUAUGACUUGUGCAGCAAUUGCUACCGGAAGAUUGGCCACAACCAUAAGAUGGAGAAAUGGGGGCUGGAGCUGGACGUGGAUUCCAACAGUGGGGCAUCCCGCAACCCUCAGGAGGCUCGCCGCCUGUCUAUCCAACGCUGCAUCCAGAGUCUGGUCCACGCUCGCCAGUGCCGUGAUGCCAACUGCCGCCUGCCCAGCUGCCAGAAAAUGAAGCGAGUGGUGCAGCACACCAAAGUUUGCAAGCGCAAGACCAAUGGGGAGUGCCCCAUCUGCAAGCAGCUCAUCGCCCUCUGCUGCUACCAUGCCAAGCACUGUCAGGAGCAGAAGUGCCUGGUGCCGUUCUGCCUGGACAUCAAACACAAACUCAAGCAGCAACAGCAGCUGCACCGACUGCAGCAGGCGCAGUUGCUGCGCCGACGCAUGGCGACCAUGCAGAGGGUGACUGCCCCAAACCAAGCCAUGAACCCACAGGCUUCCACCACUGGUGCCAAUCCCAUCCAACAUGGUGCGCGACCCCAGCAGGCCGCAGGAGUGGCUCCCCAGCAGCCAGGGGGUAUGAAACCACAGAACAAUGCCAUAGGCCCACCACCAGCAGCCAUACAGGCAGCUAAGCAGGUUCAGGAAGCGGCCGCCAAGGUUGCCCAAACAAAUCCCCCCAUGGUGCCCCAACAACAGCAGCCACAAAGGACUGUGUCGCCAUCUCAGGGCCAAGGGAGGGGAGUGAAGCCUAUGUCAUUACCCAGUCAACUGGGCCAGGGGAAUCCCAUGCCACCACCGCAGCAAAUCGGUCACUUAUCCAAGUCCCUCUCCAUGCCCAACCCGGGGGUCUCUGCUGGCCAGAUGAUGCCUCCCAUGGACCAGUGGAAUCAGUUUGGGAACCAGACCCAACCACAGACUGUGCCUGCCAAUGUGACCACUAUGCCCGGCAUGCAGAACAUUCCCAAUAUGCAAAGUGUGCCGAAUCUUUCGAACAUUCCGGGAGGGUUGGGCAUGCAGAACAUGUCCAGCAAUGUGGGAGUUAUGCCACAGCAGCAGGUGAGCCCUGGCACCAUUGGCCAGCAGGGCCCAGUCCGUGCCAAUAGCUUACAACCUCAGGCACUCCACCAACUGCUGCAGACACUGAAGUCACCACACUCUCAGCAGCAACAGAAGCAGGUUCUUAACAUACUUAAGUCCAACCCCCAGCUGAUGGCUGCAUUCAUCAAGCAGCGUUCACAGAUGCAACAACAACAACAACAACAAGCAGCUCAGGCCCAGCAGCAGCAGCAGCAACAACAACAACAACAACAGCAGCAGCAACAGCAACAACCUGGGCAACAGCCAGCUGUUCAGCAAGCCAGCAACCAGCAACAGUUAUUCAACCACCAGCAGUGGCUACAGAGGCGGCAGCAGCUGGCAAGACAGUUCCAACAGCAGCAGCAACAGCAGCAGGUCCAGGGGCAGGUCCAGCAACCAUUCCAGCAGCCUCAGAUGCACGGAACCCUUCCAGGCUUCAACCAGGCUAUUGCUCUGCAACAGCAGCAACGGCGAAAUGCAAUAGCCCAGCAGGGAGCAGGCACACAGCUUCUGCCCCAGCAAAUGCAGCAACUCCAACAGCAGCAGCACCUCCAGCAGCUGCAACAGCAACAGCUGCAACAGCAGCAGUUGCAGCAGCAACAGCAACUGCAGCAACAGCAACAACAACCCAAUCAGGGGGACCCCAUGGUGAAUAUGCAGUACCAGAAGCUGCUGCAGCAACAGCAAUUGCAGAAGCAGCAGAUGCUUGCAAACCAGAACCAGGCAGGAGUUCAGCAGCCAGGCAUGUUGCCCAACCAGUCUCCCCAGCACGUGAUGCAGCAGGUGCGUUCUCCACAAACAGCUAACACCCUGGUCCAGGUGCGAUCGCCCAACCCUAACCCCUCGCCAAGGCCGCAGCCCACCCCAUCCCCAAGAACACAGUCUGCCCAGCCCUCACCGCGGCCCAUGCAGCAGAUGAACUCUCCACACCCUGGCAAGCCUGAACCUAUGCAGACGGACCAGCCCAUGCUGUCACAGAACCCCCUGCAGCAUGGGACUAUGGCACAAAUGAACAGUCCAGCCAAUGCUGCUACGUUAAACCAAGACGAUUCAGACAUGACCCCCGUGGAUCCCCAGGACCAACUGACGAGAUACGUGGAAACCUUGUAAUAUAACCAUUACAUUUUUGAACAAUUUUACAAAAUCAAUGACGCUGAGUGACCUGACUGAUCAACAAUAUCACAGAAUGGCCACUAUGCAACCCAGUGGUUUAGCUUCUUUCUUUCUUUUUCUCUCCAGAACAAAUUCAAGUGGAUUUUUUGAAAAAAGUCUGUAAAGUUUUAUUGUUGUUUUAUUUUGUAUUUUCUUCUCCAUUCCUAAUUUUGGAUGAUAAUGUCGUAGGUUUGUAAUAAAUAUUAAAUACAAAAAUAACAAUAUAAAAAACUUCUAAAUACAAGUAUUUACCUAGUACGUUGGACUCGCCGUCAGUCAUGGAUGUCGAGUUGUGUGCUGGAUGAGGAAGCAAUUAUUUGUACAGAAAUUUCCCAGAGGGGCAAUUAUUGAAUAUGUUGACUCUGUAGUAGUUCAGAUGUGGAAAUGAGAGGGGAGUCUAGUUUAUCAAGAAGAAGAAAAGAGUAAAGUUUGUUCAUUUGUUACUAUCUUCCUACGUCUUAAUGUGCUGUAAGAUUUUAGCUAAUACGUAGACGUAGACUGUCUCAUUCUCCCUAUUUUUAAUAAAAAAGCAACAGUGAAAGUAGG